AUGGUCAACACCAGCAUUUCUGCAGCAGAUUUUGUACUGCAUUGUGCGAUCCAGCCGGAUCAGAGGACUUUGACUGUUGUCGCCCUUCUCAUGAUCUACCUGGCUUCAGUUUUUGGAAACCUUCUGGUGAUUGUGGUGAUAAAAAUGAACCAGCAUCUCCACUCUGCCAUGUACAUCUUCAUUAGUACCUUAGCAGUGAUAGACCUGGUGAACAGUAACACCAUCAUCCCAAGACUCAUCACUAUUCUUCAGUUCGACUUCUCUCUAGUACCGUAUGGAGCUUGUUUAAUACAGAUGUAUAUCAUGUUGAAUAUCAACCUAAUGGAAUCUCUUCUAGCAACGUUUAUGGCUCUGGACCGUUAUGUGGCAGUUAUGUAUCCACUUCGUUACCCAUUAAUUGUCACAAAAAAAAUUGUGUGGAUUGCUGUAUUAUCAUUACCCGUGUUUGCUUUCCUCUUGCACAUUUCCAUUAUGGUGUUUGUCAGUGAGCUCUCUUUUUGUCGCACCAAUGUUUUGCCAUAUUGUUACUGCGAAUACUCUAAUAUGGUCCAAGUAGCAUGCAACGACGACCCAAAAUACUUGCUGCUUUUGACCACUUUAGUAAUUUUGCUAGGAUUUUGCCCCCUGAUAUUAAUUCUUUUCACAUAUUUCCGAAUCUUUUUGGUGGCACUGAAAAUCAACUCUGUUAAUAAAAACAGUAAAGUCUUCAACACUUGCGUCACUCACCUCAUUGUUUUAGGGCUUGCUUACAUCCCUUUAUUGGCUACUUAUAUUCUGCCAGGUACUGGAGUCAAUAUGACCACUGAAGUGUACAAUACAAUGAUAAUAGUUGGCAAUGUGGUCCCACCUAUGAUGAAUCCAGUAAUCUACAGCUUCAGGAAUAAGGAAAUAAAGAGUCAAAUUUACGUGAUUUUUACUGGGAAGAAAAAUAUUCCAGAAACUCUUCAGCAAUAA